AUGGCAUACUCACAUCUCGACUCUAGCGGCCAGCAGACCCAGGCUCUGCCGCGCAAGGGCGAGGACCAGGACCAGCACAUCCUGCGCGAGUUCAAGCGCAAGCUCACAGAGGACGAAGGAUACAUCAACUACUUCUCCGAGCGGGCCAAGGGCGCUGAUAUCCUCCAGGACGAUGCACCGCAUCCACGUGCGCGCGUCACCUCGUCGGCACGCCGCGCAUGGUUCGAGGUCCGCGACUAUACACAGAGAGAGAUCGAGACGCGCGAGGCCUUCACCAACGCGCUGCAAAAGGAUGUGCUCAACCCCCUCGUUGCGCUGCGCGAUACCCAGACACGCAUCCAGAACCGUAUCCGCGAGGACCUCAAGUCGGCGACAGGCGCAUACGAAGAGUAUGCUCACUCCAAGGUGCCCAAGAUGCAGCGUUCGUACCGCGCAAAGACACAAGCCGUGGAAGACUUCCGCAAGCAGCAGCACGCGAUAGAGAUGCAGGCCAAGCUCUUGGCCGAGCAGGUUCCCAAAGAUCUGCCGGAGACCAAGCCCCAUCCUUACUCGUCACACGGACACUCGCCAAGCACCUCUUCGGUCAACAAUGCAACCGGGAGCUGGGGUAGCGGACUGUCUGACGCGGGCGCGGGCACGCCGCCCGGAAACGCGCAGUCGCCCCAGACUUCGCAGCACCCGCAGCAUCUUCCACACCCGCAGCAGGCGUACCCGCAGCCUCCUUAUCAGCAGCAGCAGCAGCAGCAGCAGAGCGCUAUUUCGGCGCCGUCUGACGCGCGCUCGUUUGAGCGGUCGCACGACCAGCGCACCCUCGGCCAUGGCUUGUCAAACUCUAUUUCGGGCCGCGCGCGUUCCGGAUCGGGGUCAUAUGCCGCAACCAUGCAGGCCGUCGACGCAAAGUCCAAGGAGGUGUUCAGCGACCUGGCGGCGCACUCGAAGAAGGGCUUCGCUGCAAUCAUGCAGCGCCUCGGUGGCGAGCGUGAAGGAGAAGGAGCACCCUCCAUAGUCACGCCAGAGAGCACACUCGGAAGUGCAACGUCGAGCGUGAGACGAGGGUCGGUCCGGCACAACAACGGUGCCGUCAAAAGCGCCAAGAUCAAGCGCGACGCCGAGGAGGCCGACAAGGCCUACCGCCACGGCGUAUUCCAUGUCGAGACGCUGCGCCUGCGCCGUGAGAAGCUGCAGCAGUCGGCCAUUACGUCGUUGAGCCAGUUCAACGACGAGCUCAACGCGACGUUGUUGAUCACGCUGCGCGCGUACGCACACGUCUCGCACGGCACGGCAGUGACGUUGGGCCAGUCGACCGAUGUCGUUUUCCGCAGCCUCCGCGGCGUAGACGCCAACCGCGACAAGGCACUCUUCCACUCGCGCUUGCCUGUGGUCUCGCGCUACCCGCAGAUCAUGUACGAGAACUUCUACGUCGGCACCUGCAAGUCGCUUAUCUUCGGCUUCCGUCUGACCGACUACGACUUUGCGCGCGGCGAGACCGGCAGCCACGGUCGCCCGCCGCUCAUAGUCGAAAAGUGUAUUGCGUGGGUCGAUGCCAUGGGCAACGAUGCCGAAGGCAUCUACCGCAUGAGCGGGAGGCAGCAGACGGUGCGCCGACUUAUCCAGGACAUUGAGCGCAACGAGGAGACGUUCUACUUCACACAGGAGGAUGAUGUCUACUCCGUCGCCGUCGUGCUCAAGGCGUACCUCCGCGAUCUGCCUGACCCGCUGUUCCCGCUCCCGCACGCCGAGCGAGUCAAGUGGUCCGAGUCGAGAGAGUCGCACUUCAACAACAUGUUCUCGAUGCUGCGCGGUCGGCUCCGCCGCCUCCCGACCAUCCACCAGACAACGUUCCAGGCUGUCAUCGAGCACCUCAACCGCAUCUCAAACAACUCGGCCGAGAACAAGAUGAACGCGGCUAACCUUGCCGUCGUGUUCAACUCUGUUCUCUUCGGGCAGGAACAAAUGCCGAAUGACGACGCUCUCAAGAUGCAUCUCCAGAAGGACACGGUGCUCGAAGACAUUAUCACCCACCCCGAACUCCUCUUCCCGCCGGAGGGCUUCUACGGAAACGACCCACAGUCACCCAGCAAGGCGAACAGCAAUAUGAGCUCGCAGACCCGUCUUGAUUUGUAUCCUGCGCCGACAGGUCACAUGCCACACAGCCCGAUGAGCGCCAUGUCCGGACCGCCGACGGUCCACACCCCGCCUUUGCACGUCUACGCGACACAACACCCCAUUGCUGCACAGCACGCGCGCGCUGGCAGCAGCGACGACCCAGGACUCACGCCUCGGACACCGCAAGUACCGAUCUCAUUCCAGCCGCCCUCACACACGUCCACGGGGCAGCACAUCUCGCCCCAGCCACCACUCCCGCCGUCGCUCCCAGCCGGCGCGCAGAUGCCGCACAUGCCGCCGCACCCGGAAGGUGGCCUCGGGCAGCAGCUCGCAAGCCUUGAUCUGAACUCGAUGGGUCUCGAACAGGCGCUGAACGGCCAGGGCAUCACCCCGGACGAGGAACUCGACCUGCUCUUCGAUCCGGCCAAGAUCCCUACUUCGUUGCGCGAGUCUCUCCCCGGCGAGUACCACGUGCGUCCGCUGGCAUCGGACGACUUCCUUCGCGCACACUUUGCGCUUCUCUGCGUGCUGUCGCCCUCGCCCGCCCUCGCCCCGAGUGUGUACACCGCCCUCUUCCGCGCCCUCAAGACUUGCCACGACACAUACUAUAUCGUGGUGCUCGUCGAGCGCGCGACUGACCAGGUCGUCGCGUCCGGCACCGUCAUCAAGGAGCGCAAGUUCAUCCGUGGCGGUGGCAUCGCCGCGCACAUCGAGGACAUUGUCGUGGGGCCGACCGCGCAGGGCCGUGGGCUCGGGCAGAGGCUCGUCGUCGGCUUGCGCGACCUUGCCACCGAGCUUGGAUGCUACAAAACCAUCCUCGACUGCCAGGAGGCCAAAGUCCCGUUUUACGAAAAGUGCGGGUUCACACUCCGCGGGCGCCAAAUGGCAUACUACGUGCCGACAGCGGAGGCGCCGCCGCGCCGCGAGUCGCUCGCCAAGCCGAGCCCCGGCCUCGCCUCGUCGCACCCCGCAACGCCGACGCGCCUCGCCCCGCCGCGCGAAGACAGCGACGACGACACGGCCUCGAUCGCCGAAACGUACAUGACCGGCACGACGGGCACGGACGAGACGUUCACAAACGUCUCGUACCGCUUUCCCACGACGCCGAGGGGGGGCACGCUCGGCCCCGGCGUCGCGAGCACCGCGCCGGAGAUGGGGCUGAGCCCGUCCGUCGGCGGACCCGGCGACCAGCCCGUCGACCUCACCACGCCGACGGGGAGUGUCGGGAGCGCGGGCUCCGCGCGCGUGCAAGAGAGGGGGUCGUACUUUUAG